AUGGAUGUGAAAAACCCUAAAACCGGCCCGACUUCAAUUAAUAUAGUGAGCUUCUUCUCCUCCUUCUCCCAAUCACUCGCUCUCUCUCUCUCUCAUCUCUUCCGCCGAUACGAUUCCGACGACUCCAAGAGCGGCGUAGGGCGUAGCCCUAUCUCUCGCUCUGUCAUCCGCGCCGCUCAAUUCCUCCGUCAACUCUCCGCCAUCCUUUUCGAUUUCGGCUGUGUACGACUUCUGUUCGGGGAGUCUUUUUAUCAGUAUGAUCGCCACCGAAACGACACGACAAUGUUGUCGGGCAACAAGCUGAAGAUCAAAUUCUCUUGCAAAAGGGUAGAAGCUGAUUCAGGGAAAGUAGUAGAAUCCAAUGAUGGGAAAGUGUCGCGCGACUUUGGGCAUUCAGUGUCUGCCAAGGGUUUGAGCUCUCUUGUGCCAUCUUCUAUACCGGGUGGGAGGAAGAGGGGCCCGCUGGGGGAUGGAGAGGUUCCCAGAGAGAAGAAGCUGAAGAUGGAUCGUAAAGUGAAGAGUCAGUGUUCGACGAUUCUGAGUGCCUUGAUUUCUCAUAAGGACUCUUGGGCUUUCAGAAAACCGGUUGAUCCUGUUGAGCUACAAAUUCCUGAUUAUCUUGAUGUCAUCUCUUCUCCGAUGGAUUUGGGAACGAUAAAAACAAAGCUAGACAGAAAUAUGUAUUUUGGCGCCGGAGAGUUUGCAUCUGAUGUCAGAUUGACCUUUUCUAAUGCCAUGCUCUAUAAUCCCCCAGGCAAUCCUUUUCAUCAGAUGGCAAAAGACCUAAAUACAAAGUUUGAGAUGAAAUGGAGACUUCUGGACGUGAAGCUGAGUCAGGGAAGCUCCAAGGUUGAUGCAGGGAAAAAUUUGUGUGGGCAAAUUAAGAAAAUAACUGAAAUAAGUGAUACGAGACUGAGCCAUAAAUUUAUUCCGAUUCAGAAUGUAUCAGUGACGAAAUUCUCAGUCCCAUGCAAAGAGAAUGUCGGAACUGGCUAUGGCGCAAGUGAUGGUGAGAUAUUGCUUGCCACAACAGUGAAGGCCACUCCAAAACUGUUGGGGAAGAACUUGGAUAGAGGCUGCGAUAGUGUUGGCAGACAAUCCUCUGGCUCCAAAAGUGGAAAGCAGCCACCGAGCUUGGUGGGUAGUAAAUGUGGAACAUGUGGCAACAUUACAUGCCAUUGCAGUCUACGCACUGAAUAUUGCUGCUCAAGUGAAAAUUAUUCUGAGGGGUCAUUAGGCAAGGAACAAAAUCGUCAUUUGUCUAGUGCCAAUCUAACUGGACUGGAUUGUCAAGCAAUAACCUCUUCUGCGUCCCGUAUGAGCAAGUCAGAUCCAGAGUCUGAUGGGGCAGUAAGUGCUCUGGAUGAGGAAACCAUAUGUCCCAGUUCUCACUUUACAAGUCCAGUCACAGAUGCUGCUUCUGGAGAAGAAUGGAGCACUCCUAUCUUUAGUGUUCCACUAUCACCAAAGAAGGCUCUCCGUGCUGCCAUACUCAAGAGACGCUUUGCAGAUACUAUAUUGAAAGCUCAACAGAAAAGUCUUCUUGAUCAAGGUAAUAGAACUGAUCCUCUGAAGAUGCAACAAGAAAAGGCAAGAUUAGAGCGGAAGCAGCGUGAAGAGAAAGCAAGGAUUGAAGCUGAAAUAAGAGCUGCGGAAGCUGCUGCACAAAGGCAGGCUGAGAUUGAAUUGAAGGAGCGACAUGCAAGAGAAAGAGAAGAAGCUCGCAUUGCACUUGAAAAGAUGGAGAGGACUGUUGUGUUUGAGCAGAAUUGCUCUAUUUUGGAUGAAUUAAAAACGUUAGCCGGAUAUAAUGGUGGCUCUUGGGGAUCACACUUCCGAUCGCCACUGGAGCGUCUUGGUUUAUUUAUCAAGGAUGAUCAUACAGUGGAGGUUGAUGAAUCGGAAGAAGGGGAGAUUUUGUGACCUUGACUUAGCUUUGCUUCCAGACUUAUUUAUGUGAUUGUAUGCGUUUCUGUUCACCACCUUGGCGAUGCUUUGAGAGGGGAAGGAGACCAUUUGUAAAUGGAUUCGAUACUUCUUUGGGUAGUAGGUUAGCUGAAAUACAGUUAUGUAUAUAUGAAAUAUUAGGAAAAAAAGAAAGAAAAAAAAUGUCACCUUAUUGGAGUUUAUGUU